GAGAUUACAAACCCAAGAAGAAGAGGAUUCCUGGCUGAACACGCUGCUCCUUUCUCUGCCUUCUUAACGGAUAGCUUUGGUCGCCAGCAUAACUACUUGAGGAUCUCCCUGACUGAGAAGUGCAACCUCAGAUGUCAGUACUGUAUGCCAGAGGAAGGGGUUCAGCUAACUCCCAAAUCUGAACUGCUGACUACACAGGAGGUCAUCACUCUUGCCAAGCUCUUUGUACAGGAGGGUGUGGACAAGAUACGACUGACUGGGGGAGAGCCUCUCAUCCGUCCUGAUGUAGUGGAUAUCAUAGCUGAGAUGCGCGAACUAGAAGGGUUGCAAACCAUUGCUGUCACUACUAAUGGCAUCAACUUAGCUAGACUGUUGCCCCGGCUGAAGGAGGCAGGCCUAAAUGCCAUUAACAUCAGCUUGGACACAUUGGUUCCAGCGAAAUUUGAAUUCAUCGUCCGUCGUAAAGGUUUUCACAAGGUAAUGGAAGGGAUUCACAAGGCCCUGGAACUUGGAUAUGACCCGGUUAAGGUAAACUGCGUAGUUAUGAGAGGCCUCAAUGAGGACGAGCUGGUAGAUUUUGUAGCUCUUACAGAGAAGCACCCCCUGGAUGUACGCUUCAUAGAAUACAUGCCCUUUGACGGCAAUAAGUGGAACUUCAAGAAAAUGGUGAGCUAUAAAGAAAUGCUGGAUACAAUCAAGCAACGAUGGCCAGAACUAGAAAAAUUACCAUGUGAAGAGGCUUCUAGCACAGCAAAGGCAUAUAAGGUGCCCCAUUUUCAGGGAAAAGUCAGCUUCAUCACCUCAAUGUCUGAGCAUUUCUGUGGAUCCUGCAAUCGACUGAGGAUCACAGCAGAUGGGAACUUGAAGGUGUGCCUUUUUGGAAACUCAGAAGUGUCCUUGAGAGAUCAUUUAAGGUCUAAAGCCACAGAAGAAGAAUUAGUUCAAAUAAUUGGCAAAGCUGUCGGCAGGAAAAAGAAACAACAUGCAGGCAUGUUCAGCAUUUCCCAGAUGAAGAACAGGCCAAUGAUCCUCAUUGAAACAGCACCAAGGUCAUUCCCACUGCUCCAAAAUGCCCUGCAGGAUCGAGCACAUUUAAAGGCUUGGGGCCCUAGACCUGGCCACUGGCUGACUCCGAGAACAAGUUUAUCCAAACAGAUGGCGAAAACAUUUAAGAAAAAUGUGUUUACAGGACAUCUUGCCUUGCCAGGAUUUUGUUCAGCCCGACAGCUUGCAGCAGGAAUCCCACAAGCUCAGCUCAGUAGCAGUUGCAUUCUCCAAAAGAACUUGAACUCCAGUUUGGAAGCAAAGUGCCUUUGGAUAGGAACCCUUUUCUCCAAACAGAUUUCGCACAAGAUGAGGGGCAUUUGCUGUGAGGCGACUGGAAAUAAAGCAAAAAGAAGCCCUCUGUCUCUUCCCACCACCAGAUUUCUUUGUGCCUCCUCCUCAGAUAAUCUAACCCACAUUGAUGAGAAGGGCCGUGCAUCGAUGGUGGAUGUGGGCAGGAAGCCAGACUCUGAACGGACUGCUGUGGCUAGUGCUGUGGUUCGUCUGGGGAAGAAGGCAUUUGACUUGGUACAACAGAACCAAAUGAAAAAGGGAGAUGUGCUGGCCGUUGCCCAGAUCGCUGGCAUUCAGGGAGCUAAACUAACCAGUCAGCUGAUCCCACUGUGCCACAACAUCCCAUUGAGUCUGGUGGACGUCACCCUGACACUGGACGAGAGGAGACACGCAGUAGUGAUCCAGGCUCUGUGCCGCACCCUUGGGAAAACAGGGGUGGAGAUGGAAGCCUUGACAGCUGCCAGCCUGGCUGCCUUGACUGUGUAUGACAUGUGCAAAGCAGUCACUCAUGUCCUGGUCAUCGAAGAGGUGAAACUGCUCAGCAAGGAAGGAGGGCAAAGAGGAACCUUCCAGCGAGGCUAACACAGAUCUGAAGGUUUUGCUCAACGGAUCACCUACACAAAAGUGUUGAAGGCAUCUUUGGCCCAUGUUAGGGAUCAGAGGUGUGGAAAACAUCACUAAAUUUCUCAUUCUUGUUCAGGCAGUUUAUUGAGUUUGUUGACCCCUACAGGAUUUCUUGUAUCUAAUGUGAAAGUCUUUUUCAAAACAAGGUUUCUGCAAUUAUCAGAAAAUGUGACUGUGCAAAACUAAUGGCCUUUCAUUUUGUGAAGUAUACACACACAGCAAGAAGACUGACUUUAUUUUUAAACUUACAAACAAGCUUCAGUUUUAAAUGUCCAUUCCACCAGACAGCAGCUCAUCUUAUUUUGCACCAUUUAUGCCAAAAAUAUUUUUGCAAAUGCAUCCACUGUAAUUGACACUAGCUGUCUUGCACAAAUGGAGAAAAUUCUUGUAGUUUCUCAUACACCCUCAUGGGAAUGAUGCAAGUAAGCCUUUAUGUCUUUACUUAGAACUGGGGUUCCAACCACUGACAAUUACAAGUCCUUUUUCUAUUGGGUUGACAACUGUUUAAAUAACUUUUCAAACCUGUGUGAUGUAGACACGGUGUGAAUCAUCUCAUUUGGCUGCUUGCUGAUAGUUUCAAAUUCUUACCUUGAUAAGGUUCCUCAGGCUUACUGAGCAUAGCUGUAAUGAGCACUUUAAGUAUUCUGGUUUUGUGUAGAUCUGCCAUCUGAAUUGUUCACAAACACCUAUCUCUUUUCACGGGCAUUGAAAGAACCUGCACAACAGAAUCCACUGGUUAAUUCUGAGAUUAAGAUGGCAAUAAUUUCAGUGUGAUAUGUGAGCUGAACACUGGAAAAUAUAAACCAUGAACUGUUUGACCAAUUCCAUGACCUCUUGGCCAAAUACAAUUAAGUGAGAAUAGGCUCACUUUUUCUCUUGAAGAUGGAAAACAGAUGUUUCUCCUUCAUGGCCUCUGUGAAUGCACACUAAUGGGUUAAUCUGCGCCUCAGCAGAGCAUCUUGGAAGCUUCUAUAGCUUUAAGCACUUGGUACCGGGACCUCCCACCUAUGCUAUAUCCCUGCCCCUGUCACCCAGUGCCUCAGUUUCAUUUCCUGCCACUGCUAUAGCAACAUUGUUUGGAGCUUCUCGUUCCCUACCACUGCAGUCAUUCACCAUGCCAGGUUGAAGAUGCGGUUCCUCCAAGCAUGGUACCUGGCACUCUUCAGACCUCUCACUGACCUACCUUCCAAAACUCUUACAAUUUCGGAGGAAUUGGUGGAGCAACUAACUUGGUGGUCCCUCUGCUCGAAUCUUCUUGUGGGCAGGCCCUUCCGCCCUCUUCAGCCAUUGAUCCAGCUCUGUCCGAGGCCUGCUCGGGAAAUGUGUGGGUGCUGUAAAAUAAUCACUCAUGGACACAAGAAAAACUUUUGCUUAAGUUCUUUGUUAGUUCUUUCCAGCAUGGCCAGGGAAAAGACUGUCUUUCUGUCUCAGCGUCUCUCAUCAUCUCUGUGUCCCAGCAGCUCUUUUAGUUAGCUAGGAAAAAGACUGUGUCUGACUCUUAGCUUCUCUUUGCAGCGUCUCCUUUGUUCUCUCUCGCUGCAUUCCUUCCAGCUCCCCCCAGCCAGCCGUCAGAGAUUUAUUGCCUCCAUAAAACGCCUCUCCUCCAGAUUACAGCCUGUUACAUAGCUUCUAGGCAUACAUAUACACACCUACUAACCUACAUCACACAAUACAA